GCUGACGUCAGCAGGACGAAAUAAUCCAAACAGCAUUUACCGUUUGGCAUUUUCGUCUGGGAGGAGAAAAGGCCGCUGUUGGCAUUUUAGCCAGAAGUGUAGGAUAGCGGAUUCUAACAUACACACUCGACAUCCAACACGGGAGUAGAGGACAUCUUGCUAAAGUGCACAAAUUAAAGACACGGUCCUUGGAAAUUCAUCACAAGAAAAACGGCGCGAGAGAGGAUCAACAUGGGGGUUUUGAAAGUGCUGUUCCUCGAUGACAUCCCUGACGACUGCACCUGCGCCGUGUGCCACGAGGUGCUGGAAAACCCCCGCGAGUUCUCCCGGUGUCAGCACGCCUUCUGCGAGGGCUGCAUCCUGCCCUGGCUCGAGAGUCACGACUCGUGCCCGACAUGUCGCGCUCCGGUGACGUCAUCUGACCUUCGACAUCUGCACAGGAUUUGGCGGGAAAAGCUGUAUCAGCUGCUCAUGCGCUGUGAGUUUCACGAUGCCGGAUGUGACGUCACGUUGCCCUUAAAAAAGAGGGAUGCCCAUAUCGAAGAGUGCGAGUUUGUGACUGUGGUCUGCCCGAACAAGCCGUGUGCCGUACGGCUACCUCGCGCUGAGAUGCCGGACCAUACCGAGAUCUGUCAGCAUCGCCUCGUCAGCUGCAACAAGGGUUGUGAGAUGGAGAUCAGCUAUGGCCUGAUGGGAGAGCACAACUGCAUCCGGGCACUUCGUCACGAGGUCAAUAACCUGCACAAGGAGCAACAAAAUCUUUUGAAGGCGCUGAAAAAGGACCGAGACGAACGGUUGAAACUUGAGAAGUUCGUUCAUGACCAGGCAUGCGCAAUGGAGGAUCUGGCCGACCUGAUCGAAUCCCUCACAACAGCACUCUUCUUGAUCGUACCGAUCGUGGUGUUCGAAAUAGAACAGUGGUUCGAUAUAGUGCUCGACAGGUUCGGGGCUUUGUUCUUUGGAACAGGGGCGGGGAUUCUGGUGUUGGAAUGGAACGGUGACUUCUUCAAGUUACCUUACUCUUUACUGCGUCUUUAA